AUGUCUAACAACGCACAAGAUUCAACAAUGCUGAUAUGCUAUCGAGAAUGUUUAUCAAAUUUGGAAAAAUUCAAUGGUGGUGAAGAACAAAAAAUUUUACAAUUUAUUAAUAAUAUUGAAAGAAUCGGUAGAAUGACCGACGCAAAUGGUGAUAUUUUACAUUGUAUGUGUACAGCAAAAUUAGAUGAUGAAGAGAAGCGAUGGUAUGAAGAUAACAUGACAUUAACUCAAUGGGACAAUUUAAAAUCAGCACUAUUAGAAAGAUUUACAACAUCAGUUUCGUCAUCGAAAAUAUUCGAACAAUUAAAGGAACGAUUGCAAAAAUCAGAUGAAACAAUUGCAUCAUAUUACGACGCUGUUAUUAAAUUGGGUGUGGGUGUGGGUGGGUGUAGAUGUGAGUAUGAGUGUUCCUCUUCUGGUUGA